GGAAGCAAGCGGCUCAGCCUUUAAAUACAGUCAUUUGUCUGAUCAGAAGCGGAGCCUGGAGCUGACAGCGCGGCUGCUGACCCAAACUUCUUCACGGCGGUGUGUCGGCAUCCCGCUGCUUCGGACAGCAUGAAGGCGCUCCUGUUCACCUGUCUGCUGGUGCUGUGGCUGACGGCAGCCUCGGCCAGGAGGUCUAACGGGGAAUCACGGCUGAGAACGGGAUCUUUACCGAACGGAUACGUCGGCGAGUUUUUGAAAUCAAGGAGAGCAAGGAGGGCGCUACCUGCUGCUGACGAGCCUGAUGCCACCGCUGCACCAAAGGAAGGCAACGACGCCGCUGAUCUGCCCACCUGCCUGCUGUGCGUCUGUCUGUCCGGGUCGGUGUACUGCGAGGAGGUCAGUCCAGACAUGACCACGGUUCCCCUGCUGCCCAAAGAGACGGCCUACCUGUACGCCCGCUUCAACAAGAUCAAGAAGAUCGGCAGAAACGACUUCGGCGACACCGUGACUCUGAAGAGGAUAGAUCUAACAGGAAACAUGAUCUCUGAUAUCGACGACGCCGCUUUCUCCAAGCUGACCCUCCUGGAGGAGCUCUCUCUGGCCGAGAACCGACUCGUCAAGCUUCCUGCGCUGCCAGCCAAACUCACCUCCUUAAACGCAAACCACAACCUGCUCAAAACCAAAGGCGUGAAAGCCAACGCCUUCAAGAAACUGACCAGUCUGGCCAACCUGUACCUGGCCAACAACCAGCUGGAGGCGGUGCCCUUCAUCCCCGAGAGCGUCCGCAUCUUACACCUGCAGGACAACAACAUCACCGAGGUCAACACGGACACCUUCUGCAAGUCCGACAACUCCUACUAUCUACGUCUGAGCCUCUCUGAGGUCCGGAUGGACGGGAACCCGGUCGUGCUCUCCAAGUAUCCCGACAGCUUCACCUGUAUGAAGGUGCUGCCAGUGGGUCGGUACCGCUGAGGACGGCAGCGGUCCCGCGGGCCCAACACCACAAAGACUAACCCUAAAGCCUCUGCAGCAGAACAAGUCGUGCUUUAAUGAGCAGCGCGGGUCCACUUUGACAUCAGUGGCCCGGUUUGCUUCCCUCCAGACUUAAAGUGACGCUCCUCACAGCUUUUAGACUUUAAUCAACACAGGAAACACAAAUACAAGGUUUCUCAGCCGGUCCAUUUCAUGCAUGAAAAACACUCCAUCCAUAGAGAUCAGGCUUCUUAAUCUAGGUGUAAUUAUGUCCCGAUGGUUCUGGUGCCUACAGAACAGCUUUCUCUUCCAGACUAAUUCAUCCCCAGCCCAGCGGUGCUUUUUAUCGUGUUGCUUGAAGACGUCGUGUUCCUCAGAGACCGCGGCUGAUUUAACGGCGGCUGUAUGAGCUUUAGGCAGAAAUUCAAAGGUCCGACUCGUCUGCGUGGUUCUAGUAGAACCUGGCGCUGUGGUGUUUUCUAACUUAACUUCAGUUUGUUUUCUAAUUUAUAGAGACCAGUUAAGGGUGGCUGGAGGACAUGUAUCUAUGAGCUUUAGGAAUGUGAAAGUUACUCUCUCGUCUUCAUUUCGUCUUCUUCUCCAGCUAAACCGACCAGUUUAAUAUACCUGAUGUGAAUAAGUGGUGUACAGAAGGAGGGUGGAUCAUGGCUGUAUUUGAUAUGUUAAUAAACUGUUUUAAUUACCGUC